AUGAAAAGUCCCAGAAAGAACCAUCAGCGUACUCAGGAAGAACUGGAACCAUUACAGAAUGAUAGAAACUUCCAUUAUAGAGACACUUUAGAGUCUAAACCCUAUAGAGAAGCACAUAAAAGGAGCACAUACACUAAAGAACCACCCCACACCACAUACAGACAUCCCCAUAAUAAGCAAAGAAAUCAAAAUAGAAGCUACAGUGACGUAGUCAAACAAGGCCCAUACAAAUAUGAUAGAAAGUCUCCAUACCAUGAUAAUUUAAGUAGAACAAAGAAGACGUCCUCGUACAGAUUGAAAGAAGGAGGAGAAUAUGGAAAAGAGGAAAGACUUCCUCCCAAAAGAGACUAUCCAGACACAGGUAACAGAGGCAAUACUAAUUCUAAUCUUAGCCCGAAAAGCUAUCCAAUGAAAGAACAAAGAAGAAAUGAAAAAGAUAGCAAAUAUUAUGAUGACAAAACAAGACCGAUACGAAUUAGAGAAAGAACAUCAGAAGAUCAUCAAAUUGCAUCAGCACCUUCAUCUUUGGUUUUUCGGAGGGAACCAAUCCAAGAGAGACUCAAAUGGCAAGAGAAACCUCCAUCAUGGGAAUCCCCAGGCAAACGUCAGAGACCGACAGAUUACGACUCAGAAGAGGAAGAGAUAAGAAACAAAGGAAAAAGAGGGAAGAAAUAA